AUUGAAUUGAGGCCUUUCUGAAUAAUUGAUUGAUUGAAGCCCCAGAAUUGAAUUGAAUUGAAGAAUUGCAAUUAACGUCACAUGAUCCCGGGUGAGGUUAUUCCGAGCCGACCGAGUCACUCGGCACUCUCCAGACAUCCAGGUUCCUGAUUACAACCCUGCUAAGAAGGACCUUGAUUUCGCAGCCAAUUCUUUAGGCACUGGAGCUUGGAUAUUGUAUCCUCCUGUGUAGAGUGCCUCUGCAUUCCCACGGCCAGUUUCGCAAGGCUGAACGUCCUCUCGCACUCCGUUGACAUGGGUGGAAGAGAGCAAGUCGAGCGCCAUCAGCCUAGGAAAUCGCUCCUGGUUACUCAACCACCACUGCAACGGAUCUUCCACCGGCCUAACAGGCUCGCCAAGGUAGGCUGCUACCUCAUCCAGGCCGUGGAGAGCCUCGGGCGGAUCGUAGAAGUCAUCUCCAUAGAGGUAGUGUGGCCGCCGGCGCUCAGGGCUCACAUGGGCUUGUUCCUCGCCUGGAUAUUCCUCUUCAAAGAACUCCUUGAACUCUCCAACAAUCAUCUCCGCUCUUCCUCGCUCGUUAACAAAGAAUCGUUGUAUCCACCUCGCUCUGCAACCAGGGAGCAGUAUCAUUGCUGCCCAAUAAGCUGGAGAUGCCUCCAUCAAGACCACAUACUUCCUGAGCUUCUGAAUAGCGAGCCCGAGGCUUGUUUGGAUUAUGUUAGCGCCAUCACUGUCGAGGUCCUCAAUCACAGGAUCUCCAAUCUCAAUUUGAGGACCGCAAGGUGUACCAGGAUGUCUGUUUCUGAGUCCUGGGGGAUCAACCUCGUAGCCUUCAAACCGCCGUGGCAACUGCGAGGCUCGUUGGGGUCUUCUGGGCUGUGAUGGUGGCGGCCAGGGGGACUCUUCCCGAGGCGGUGACUCAAGGGGAACGAGCUCUGGGCUGGCAAACGACGCUUUCUCGAAGGCCUUAGUGUCACGGCGGGACAGGCGGACAAUCCAAUGACAAUUGUAUUCGGGCUAAACUACAGUCUAAGCUCUAUUCCGUCAGGUACGGGCAGGCUUGAUUGUCAAGACGUAGCUCGAGGAGCUACGAACAGAUCUCG